AAACUCACUCCUUUUACUCCCUUACUCCACCAAAUGCUUCGGGGAUGCUUUUUAUCGCGGUGCAGCAGCACAAGGCAAUGGAUCCGCCAUAAUUCAUCCUAUCACGUCCAACGAUUCGCCGAAUUAGCCCGUCGCCCAGCUUCUCAACAUCAAAUAUAUCAAUCAUUAUCGACCGACCCUUACGUCAACCUAUCAAUUGAGCAUUUCCUGCUGGAAAAUGCACCAGACGAGUCGAGCGUCCUCUUCCUCUACAUCAACAAACCGUGUGUGGUAAUUGGCCGCAAUCAAAAUCCCUGGCUGGAAACGGGUCUCCAUGCGCUGUACAAUGACCGGAGAGCAAGCUCCCCCGAAAACGAUGCCGCAGUCUUUGUUCGAAGGCGAUCUGGUGGUGGCGCGGUAUUCCAUGACGAGGGAAACCUGAACUAUAGCGUCAUAUCCCCUCGUACGUCUUUCACGCGCGAUAAACAUGCGGAGAUGGUGGUUCGCGCGCUGCACCGCGUUGGGGCUGUCAACACGAGUGUCAAUGACCGGCAUGAUAUCGUUAUUACGCCCCCGGAGGGACUGGUACGGGACAAAGAUGAACCGCCGUUCCGGAAAAUUUCCGGUUCCGCAUUCAAACUGACUCGGCAUCGAGCUCUCCAUCACGGCACCUGCUUGCUGGAUUCGCCGAAUAUCCAUGAUCUAGGCAAAUUCUUGCGGUCCCCGGCGCGAGGGUACAUCAAGGCCAAGGGGGUGGAUAGUGUUCGAUCACCCGUGGGGAAUGUCUCGAGUGUGCUGGCGGACUCGUUCUUCUCCAUGCAGGCAGUAAUGGACAAUGUGGUGGAGGAAUUCGCCGGGUUGUAUAAUGUUCAUUCGGAUGCGGUUCGUCGAGCGCGCCGAGCCCUUGCAAUGGAACCGGAAAUCUUUGCCGGUGACAACUGGGUUUCAGGAACGGUGGGAGAUGUGCAUGGUGAUCAGGAGCCAGAUAUUGGCAAAGGCAUUGCAGAGCUGCGAUCGCUUGAAUGGAAAUACACCCAAACUCCACAGUUCACCUUUUCGACAUACCCUAUUGAAGAGGAUCCUCGUGAACGCGCACCAUUACCGUCGUCCCUACCUUCUUCUACCCGUGCCUUUCUUCGUUUAAAGCAUGGAGCAAUCAUUGAAAGCAAAAUUUCCGUCUCCUCGGAUGCAUCUGUUGCUUCCGAUCAAGCUAGUCGUGUGCAUGAACUUCUGAACGGACAAAAUUUGCAUGAGAUGUCUGUCGAACGAUGGGCACAGAUAUUACGACAAGGUCUUGGCUCGACUGAUGGAGUGGAUGUUGCGCAAGAACUGGCCAACUACCUUGGGGGUAUGUUAGGAGGACAAUGA